AUGCCACUACCAUUGCUUCUCAGCGUUCUCUGUCUCACAAUCGCCGCUCGUGCACCGUCUGCGAAUGGUCUUCCACUGACGACAUGCUUAUCCCUGGACGAGUGUGGGCCUAUCUAUCGUGUGGCGGGUAAGCACAAGACGGGCCAUCCAGGCGCUGAGCCUGGCUCGCCGGAGUUCUGGUACCACGUCGGCGUGAGCGCGUGUCUUGUCCUGGCUGGGGGAGUGUUUGCAGGGCUUACACUAGGUUUGAUGGGGCUCGACGAACUGCAUCUACGUGUACUCGCAACAUCUUCGGAGGAUAAGAGGGAAAGGCGGAACGCGCAGACGGUGCUGAAGUUGAUGCAGAAAGGGAAACAUUGGGUACUUGUGGUACUACUGUUGUGCAAUGUGAUCGUGAAUGAGAGCUUGCCCAUCUUUCUCGACAGCGCGAUCGGUGGCGGCUAUCUCGCCAUCGCUAUUUCCACUACGGCUAUUGCGAUCGGCGCACGCUGCGCGUCGCUCGUGUUAGGGCUCAUGUACAUCCUAGCACCAGUGGCAUGGCCUAUCGCACGCUUGCUUGACGCUGUCCUUGGGACUCACACGCACACGACGUACAAGAAGGCUGAACUGAAGAGCUUCCUCCAAUUCCAUCGCACAGGUGACGAACCACUCAGGGACGAGGAGAUCACGAUUCUUAAUGGCGUGUUGGAGUUGAAUACUAAGAAGGUGGAGAGCAUUAUGACUCCCUUGAAGGACACUGUCAUCCUCGCGGCCAACGCUAUACUCGAUUAUCCAGCUGUCCAUGCGAUAUUGCAGAGCGGCUACUCGCGAAUCCCAGUGCACGAAAAAUGCAACAAAGAUGCCUUUAUUGGGAUACUACUCGUCAAGAAGCUCCUGACGUACGACCCGAAGCGCGCGCUCCCCGUCUCCGCAUUCCCGCUGUCGGUCCUCCCAGAAGCUUCGCCGUCGAUUAACUGCUUCCAGGCAUUGGACUACUUCCAAACAGGACGCGCUCACCUUCUCUUGAUCAGUCGGACGCCAGGGAAGCCAGGCGGAGCCAUAGGGGUGAUUACAUUGGAGGACGUCAUCGAGGAAAUCAUCUCAGAAGAGAUCGUCGACGAGACGGACCUCUAUGAGGACAACCACAGCAAGCGGCGGGUGCGGAGGAUAUGGCCGACAAGGACGCUCAGCGGUAUCGUGGAGCAUCGACGCCGACGCCGGAGCUCGUUCCUCGAGACGUCUUCGCUGGUCGAGAGCAUCGUCACGCGCUCGGGCUCGGUUGACGCACGGGCGGCGAUACACUAUGGGAGCGUGACGCCUACGAAAUCGGUCGAAUCGAUUAAGGCACAUUCCACGGAGAGUCGUGCGCUGAAAUGGUUCCAAUCGAAUGCUCGUGCUAGCUCCUUCAUGCCUCAGUGA